ACAGCCACCUGGCAAGUGACGACAGUAUCAGGCUCCAUGCGGAUAUAUCUGCAAACAGCUGAAACCCUGUGCAUAACGGACCACCAAGAGCUUUUACUCACUUGGGUUUAUAGUGACUGCUAAAAGACAAAACCUGAAAUGUGGAAGUUUACCUCCCUUCCGCUUGUUUUCCUGGUUAUUGUAGUUGCGGGAGAGCAAGAAGAUUUCCAAAGUUACCUCCCCGAACAAACAAAAGGCACUGCUGUCACAAACUAUAGGCUUUUGGAAAAAACAAUCACAAUUGUUCGUGGCACAGAAGCAGCACCUUCACAGACGACACACCGAGGCACUGAGGAGGAGCCGACCGCUGAGUUUCCAAAGGCAAACGUGUUUGACACAAAACUAAAGCCACCUAAUGAGGGGAUGCCAACCGCAUCGUUAGCCACUACUUUACAAAGCAUGGGAAAUAUUCUCUCCAGUAAUGUGCACAGCUCUCUAAAAUCAUCAACAGCUUUCCAUUCAGAAUCAAAAGUCCCACUGAACUCUGAUUACGCAAAGAUUGUUUCGUCUUCCACACGAGCUGCAUUGGUGUUGAAUGAUACCUUUGAGCCACAUGUCCAUUUGUCUGCCAAGGCAGUCAAAGCCCCUCCUUGGUUUUUUGUGCCGCGUGCAACCGGGAGCCGCAGAAAUGCCAACUCUGUUAUUCCCACAUCUGCUGAUACAGGACUUUUACUUCCGAUCCCAUCUGCAUCUCCUCCUCGUGUAAUUGAUAACCUGACGGAGCUGUUUAACAACAGUGAUGAUUUACAACCUCAAGAGAAGAGCAUAAGAAAACUGGGAGAAAAUGAGGAUUUGUCUAGUACAAUGCAGUUCAUCCUCCAAGCUGAUCCAACAAAAGAUUCAAUGAAAGGAAUUUAUGUGACAGACCUGUGUUUGACCUGUCUGAAAGAUGGAAAAGCAAUGUCCAGUGAGAAAUUUGCAGCCAGCCCUACUGCUUCAUUAAACAGUUUCCAUUCGUUUUCAGCUGGGAAAAGCAAAGAGGCCAAAGAGAGCAACAUUUUCAAAAAUGCAAUAAAUUACAACCACACAUCUCUUCCUUUUACCCAUAAUAAGACUGAGAGAAAAACUGUUUAUAUUUCCUUUCAUAUUGCUGCUGAACUGUCAUCUGAAAAACACAAAUUCACAACACUACCAUCAAGUCGUACCUAUUUCAGCAAAACCUUUGUCACAGCAAGUCCAAAGUUAACAUCCAUAUCGCAGUAUCCCUCAUCAAAGCCUUCUUACACCAGUGAGAAACCAGUAAAACAUGGACACCAAGAGGCAUUUAACAAAAAUGUCUCCAUAAGGGAACCUCAGUCAAAUCCAAUGCCUUUCACUCAGAGCGAGGAAAAGGCUUCCCACAGUCUCUCAACAAGCUUGAGAAAUCAGGACAUCAGCACUGGGCCAGUGAGCAAUGCGCCUUUCAUUGCUCCCCUCAGCAGUUUCAACAGUCCUCUCCCAAAAGGUCGCGCUCACGGCACUGCUUCACAUCCUACAAGAAUGAACUCGAUCGAAGCUCUUGCUGCAGUAACACCCUUCACCCUUCGCAGGCCAACUGUUUCCACAGUCAAAAAUCUCAAGUCUGGUUUUCUGACAGGAAAAGCUGGGACUUUCAUCUCUGUAUCAAACAGCCAAACAAAACUUAAACCUACGUCUCAGGCCAAACAGUCGAUAUUGACUUUGCUACCGAAGGAUUUAACAGUUAGGCUCAUAUCUGUCACUCAUAAACAGUCUCCUGCUAAUCUCCAAACAACAGCGAGUACGACAGCGGUGACCAGAGUACAAACUUCAACUUUUCCUACAAGAAAAGUUAGGCUGAAGGUCUUUGACUUUGACAUCUCUCAGUCUGCAUUAACGGGACCAAAAAGUAUGUUUUUCAAUAAGAAACAGAAAGAAACUCAAUCAAAAAUCACUGAGGGGAGGGAUUCUGAAGGCAACAAGCCUGAUAGCAAAUUAAUAGACUUACACAACAUUCACAGUCUGACGCUUAGAGAUGAGCAAGAAAACAUUUUGACUGUAGUUACAGAAAACAAGGACAAAGACACUCUUCAGUCCAACAGCAGCCACGGCAGAGAAAAUACAAAAAUAUUUCUCACAGAGGAUGAAAUCCUGGAAAACAAAAGGGAGAAAUUAUUAAAAUUAGAUGAUCCUGAAAUUGAAAAACGAGCAGCAGAGAUAAAGCAAAGCACACAUAGAGAGGCUGGAGAAAUGAAAGAGUUCAUCAGCAAGACAAGCAGAGAAGAGCAUGUACUUCUGAGACAUGACAAAAAUACACAACAUGGUGAAGUCAAGGAUGAGAGAGGCGCCAAAAGAGAAGGUGUGACUAAAAUAAAUACGCAGAAUUCAACCCUGGAUGCUGCUGGAAAGCAGAGACAGGUUUUGGAGGAAAACGGAGCAAAAGCUGGAAGUGGGGAGGACAGAAAAUUUAACAAGGAUAUUGGGAAGGAGGACGUGACAAAUGUUCCCCCUGAACCGGCAACAAAUUGGAAAGAACUUAACGGAGACAAAGAGCGCAUUGUUGAAAAGCUGUCUCCCUGUCGUGGUUUGAUUAAAGAGUUAGACGGCUCUGAGCACAAGGGUAUUCAUCUGGGUGAAAAUGCUUCACAAAUAAGAGACCUAACAAAUAAGUCAUUUUCUUUCGAGGUGACAAGCAAUCGCCAGCUGCCACACCCAUCUGUAAGAUCACCAGAUCUAAGGGAGGAGGAGCUUCCAAAAGAAGACAUUAUGUUACCACCGGAGGAAACAAGUUCUCAAGAGUUUGAGGUUACGCUUCCUGCCACUGCCGCGUCAAAAAUGUCUGGAUCUAUUUCUGUGUUUACGCCACUUAUUUCCCUAAGCAGGAGGGCCGCUAACGCAGCUAAACUGCCUUCACUCACAACCCGAUUUCAGAGAGCCGAGUCCCACUUUACCGUGAGCGGUUCUCUCAAUGCAUCAAUUAUUCAGAGCAACACAGAUCAUAAGCAUAAAUUGAACUAUCCUGUUCAGAGGGCCGAAGCAGUUUUGCACACAGCGAACGAACAAGGGCAUGCGGAAUAUGCUGCGCCAUCCAUACACCAGCAGAUGUACGAUGAUUCAUCCGCAAAGACACCCACAGUCGCAGUCUUGUCAUUUAAACCCCGCAUCUCUGUGGGCCCAUUUCAGCCUCACCGAGGGCAGUCUGCUACUCAGAGGAGUCACUCCUCCUCCUCAUGCCCUAACAUAACUCCAGGCCAGACAUGUCUCUCCAGGGUGUCAGAGCAGGCAUCGCAUCCAGAAACUUUACAUACUCCCGCUGCGGAAAACAAGCAGAGACUUCCACAGGCACGGACCACGUCGUCGUCCACCAUCCCUGCAGCAGGAAUCAAUGGUUUUUCUCCCGAAAGCGUGUCACCGAUGAUGAAACUGAGGACGUUAAGUGGUGACAGGUUGACUGUAAUCUACAGAUUGCAGAAGCUGACUAGAUCACAGCAGGCCCACUUUGUCCCUGGAUCCAACAGCAGAGAGUCCUCGUUGGCGGCCGCUGGUGAGACAAGUAAAAGAAAAAAGAAAGAUGUUAUGCUCACGAUGACAUCCGUUGUGAGACAUUCAGAUGGAGUCGCAGGUGAUCAACGUACGACUGUUGAGAGUAAACAUGUUGCUAAUGACACUGAUGAAUUCAACUCCACUUCCCUUCAGACUAAGAACGAGACUAAACAGAGUGACCUUUCUACUGCUGGUGGCAAAGAUGAAGCAAACAAUAUAAUUAUGACUGCGAAGCAUCAUCAGCGCUUUGAGUUAGAACAAGCCAUGCCGUACACUGCGAUGGCUACAAAUGGGAAAUUUGGGCACGACACAAAUGAUGCUGACACGAUCGAUCGAGUUGGCACGACCACGAUUUUCCAGACGGAUAAUCUUCCCGAAAGGCCUAAAAUACAGUCUGACGAUGGGCCUAACUCAUUGUCUGAUAUUGAGCAUCGCUUGGCAAAGACGAAUGUAAGGCACAACAGCCAGCCUCUGUCACAGCAGAGUGAGGGUAACAAUUCAGACCUGAUUACAAAUAUGAAUUCAAGCACUGAUCAUGCAAUCCACAAAAUUACGCGCCAGACUUUUGACCAGGCGAGACACAUUGUUUCUCAGUUUCAGAAAAACGCAAAUAAAACUGCUGACUUUGUCUCUCUGACAGAGACUCCCACUGAGUUCAGAGGUUUUAAAUCUCUGUUGGCCACCAGUGGGACUCUGCCAGACAGCAAGAAGUUAACUCAGAAUGCAGCUGAGCACAGAUCUCAGCCCUACGCUCGUACCAAUCCUUUGACUCAGAGAGAGCUUCCCAUAACUCACACUUCUGACAAGCUCACCCCCGCUGUUUCGAGAAUAAAAACAAUGGAAACGCAUAGUGUGCAGGAGCAGCCAGAGGAGGAGAUUCUUGCACGAGCUGCCGAACAAGGCCAGCAUGCCCUGCUUUCUACGACUGCGUUAUCACACGUUAUUAAUAUGGCAGAGUCUGGCUUUUCAGAGUCAUAUGUCCAGACACCUGCAGCGUCUGAACAAAUGAGCUAUUUAUCACUUAAAGGGAUUAAAUCAGUUCCUCUACCUGUGAAUAAUUAUGGAGAGCACUCACAAGACUGGGUAGAAAAACAUAAGAACCACACGGUGCCCAAAAGAACCUCAAUAAGCCAAGCAGUCUUGGGUCAUGUGACAGAUUUUGUACCUCUUGCAGAGAUCCCACCCACAGAGUUUGUUAAUACAACCAGUUGUAGCAGCUCUGGCUGUACAAAGUCUGGUAAAACUACUGAGGCAGUCGUGAUUGAUCCCACAAAGGAAACGUUCGAAACGCGAUUCCCAGAAAAAAAUAAUUUCCUUGCCCAAAACGCUAAUAAAACAAAAUCCAGAAGCAACUGGAGCUUUCAUCGCUCGUUACCUGGAAAAUCUGCACCCCAGGCUGUCGAGCUCAAAGUGUUGCAUUCAUCAGUCACCAGUAAAUGGGAGCAGGACUACACCAGUGAUGACACGGCGUCCACAAAGGCCAAAAGUACAUCAGAUGAAACUGUUCAUUUGGAAAGAAAAGACGCACCUCAGUGGACUCGGUUUGUGACGACAACGACACAAAGACGCUUUCAGAACACCUUUGGAGUUGUCGCAACAGAGGGCACACUGUCUGAGUCUGGAGCGGCUGCUGUGGAAACCACAAUAAAGUCCUCUGAGAAGACGCUGCCUGCUGAAGGAAACACCAAAACACAAUUAGACAGAAGAGCAGGCAGAGCCAGGAUGCUGGCAGAACAAAAUGUCAGUAGGUCACCGCGUGCCCAUGCUAAGGACGAGACGGCAAGCCCGGAGUCUGGGAGCAGGCUGUUAGUGUCAGAGCCGCAGACUAAAUCAGAGCUCGCAAGGCUGAACCAGAGGAGAAGGACGUCACCUCAUCAGUAUGUCUCUGGUGUGACAGAAAUUUCAGAUGACAUCUGUGGCAGUGGAAACUACACCGCAGAAAUGAGGCUGAAGAUGGGAAGAAGUGUGGAGCCUGGCGAUGUGGUGCCGGCCCAAGGGAACCUCAGAGUGAUCAUCAAUCUGAAGACAAACAACAGUCAGAUAAACCUUGGCGUCACCGCCUGUUGCCUGUCACCAACACGUCAGCUGGACCUCAACAACUCCACCCACUGCCUUUUUUUCAGGCCAGGAGCGGAGCUGCCGGGGAUCACGCCGCUGCCCAGCGCCUUGUCAACCAGUGCCAGCUUUACCAUCAGUCUCUUCCAAAUGAUUAAUUACUCAGUGGUGUACCUACACUGUGAUCUCAGUGUCUGCCUGAGGAACCACUCUGACUGUGAAAGGCAAUGCCUUCAGCAGCGGAGUGCAUUUUCUUCUGAAGGUGCAGACACCGUCGCGGCCAAUCUUCGAAAUCACAUAUCCUUUGGGCCGGUGUUGAAACAAGCAAAAAAUUCAACCUUCCCCACGGAGAUAGAUCCAUCACAACUGGAUCUGGUUUUGGUCUUUGUCAGCCUGGUGGUUGGCGUCUCCCUCGUCUCUUUGGUGCUGCUGCUGGUGUGGCUGGCCUACCAUCGGCGGGCCAUCUGGCUGCUCCGCUCCGCGGCUCCGUCACCAGCCUGCUGCGGCUGCCUACGCCCGUGAGGCGACUUGAUCUCACCGUGACCAAGGAGGAACCGCUGCCAAUUAUGCUGAUCAAGUCCCCACCAAAAUAGCUGCAAACAAUUACAUUAGUCAACAGACAGAGGGGGCAGUCAAUCAUAUUAGGCGCAGAGCAGAAGCGGCCGGACUCACCGCCCGGUGUAGGACGGAAUACACAAUGAGGUGCAAUCCAAUUCACACCUCCUCGCACAGGUGACACAGCUGUUGCAGUCAAAUUUCACACUUAACCAUGAAAAGUCUUAUUAUCAUCUGCUGAAAAUAAACACCAGCCCUAAAUAGAAAAGCUGCUCUGAUCUCUUCUCUCACUGGGUGGAAAUCAAUAGGCCUGCCUAUAACACUUGGAUGAAUGGAUAACUUGGAAAUAAUAGUUUGAUAUGAUGUAUGCAUUUGUGGUUUAAAGUCGUUAUUGAGCUUCUUUGACAAAUCGUUAUGGGAAAAUGUCACUUUCAGCUAAGCUGUUGCCACACUGCUUCUGUAGUGUUUGCUUUGCAAUGUUAUGUCAUAAUAUGUCAUACAGUAAGUGACAUGGAUGGCUUGUUUGUGUACACUUGCAACAAGUAACCAGGUCCUUAAUCUGAAUCCUUAAAACUAACAUUUAAAGUGUUA